AUGAUUGAAGAUAGUAACAUAGAUGAUAGCAAAUUAAAAAACUAUUUAGAACCCUAAAAUGAUGAAGAAGAAGAGGAACCUAUAGAAAAAAUGAUUAUCAACAAGAAGAGAGAAAAUUUUUAAGUUUAAAUAAGGAACUCUAAAAAGAAAUAAAUCUUGCAAAAUAACAGAGUAAAAAUGUACUAAAAAUAUGUUAAAGAAAUCAUACAUGAAAAUGGAGAGUAAUCUUAGUCUAUUAAAUCUAUGAUACCAGAACAUAUUCUUUAAAGCCCUUAAAAAUUACAAAUAUACCUUAACCAGUUUAUUGAAGAUUUCAAAAAGGAGUUUGAAAAUUACAAUCCUCAAGAUUAUAGUGCACUUUUUAAGAGUUUAAACCAUUUGCGUUAGUUUAGUUUUUUAUAAUAAUCAGCUUCUGUUAUCACAUAACUUAUUCAAAGCAAUUUACAUAAUAUUUUGAUAUAACUUAUAAGUCCUGAUUUUGAUAGCUAACUAAGAUAUGAAGCUGCUUGGCUUUUGACUAAUUGCCUAGCAGCAUCAAACUGCGAAGAUUUAGAUUUUAUUACGAGAAAUAAUUAUGUUAACAUUUUAGAAGCAUUUGCCUCUCUUUACUAAUUAUGGGAUAAUGAAAAGUUAUUUGAAAUUGGUAUUUGGGGUUUGACAAAUUUAUGUGUAGAUAUAAAAGAGGCAGCAGAACUUUUCUACUAGAAAUACGGAUUUGAAAAGAUUGAAGAAAAGUUUAUCACCUACCAAAAUAACAUAGACAUUUAGGAAAAUUUAUCUUGGAUGAUGACAGUGUUCUCAUAAUAUAAUAAAAUAUUUACAAAAGCAGAUAAAAUGACUUUUCUUAAAUUAGCAGAAAAGUAAGUAAUGCAAAAUACUAAUUCUUCGAUACAACACUAUGGGAUUAGGAUUAUUUAUUAACUGACUAUUGAUGAUGAUUGCUGCCAAGCAAUAGUAAAAAGAGAAAAGCUUAUUGAUUUUUUAUUAUAGCUUACACAUAACUCCUAAUAUAUUAGUUAUGUGAUUGGUAUUAUGGGGAAUAUAAUUGCUUGCCAAUAUGAAGUUUCAUAAAUUUUAAUGAAUCAUAACAUUUUAGAAUAUCUCUCUAUAGCUCUAGAUAAUGUUAGAGUUGAUGUGAGAAAAGAGUCUAUGUGGUGCAUAGCUAAUUUAUUGACAGGAUCUGAAGAGGAAAUUUAAUAAAUUUUAGAUUAUAAUAGAUUAAUUGAAAAAGUAUUUAGAAUAGCAAGAAUUGAUACAAUUUAAGUUAUAUAUGAAGUAUGCAUGGGAUUGGUUAAUUGCUUGGUGAAGGCUAAUAAUUUUUAGAUAAUGAAGUUAGUAUAAAUGGGAAUUUUAGAAAUUUUUGUAUCAUUUUUUAUGAUUUAGGAUGUGAAUAUUGUCACAAAAACACUUUAAGGAGUAGGAUUCCUCCUAGAUUAUGGAUAAAAUAUUAAAUAAUCAGACUAAGAAAAUCCUAUAAAAUCAAAUUUAUAAUAGCUUGGAUUUAACCAAAUUCUCUCUUCAUUAUAAUGUCAUCCUCAUGACAUAGUUUAUGAUUUAUCUACAGAAAUAUUAAAUGAACAUUACUCAUCUGAUAUUAAAAACCAAUAAUUAACUAAUAAUAAUUAAAUGGAGGAGUGUGAAAUAUGA